AUGCCUCUGGUGAAGGGGGAGCCGCCCAGGCCCCCUCACCGCCCGCAGGCACCCGCGGGGCGCCGCGAAAACACCGAAACCGCCAGCGGGCGGCGGCGCAAGGGCUUCGCGCCACAGCCUUUAACGGCCGGCCCCUCCUCCCCUCCUGACAGGAGGUUCAAAUGUCUCUGCAGAUCCAGGAAACGACUACAAAUGGCAAAGGUGCUGUCCAAUCCCAGGCUCAUACCUGUUCAGGGGACUUUGAAUGUAGUGAUGAACCAGAACGUGACCCUCUCCUGCCACUCAGACUCCGGAUCUCCACCUGUCAGAUACACAUUGUUUAAACGCAAUCAGAAGGUAUCCACUUUAAAUAGGCCAGACUUGACUCCCAGUUUGUUUAACUUGACUAUCAACUCUGCCAAUGAUGUGGGUGAAUACAAAUGCAAAGCUCAGAGUAACAUCUCCAGUCACGGAAAAUACAGCAACAGUCUCAACUUCACCCUUAUAGUGCCAAUUUCCAAACCAGUGCUGAGCUCACCCACCUCUCAAGCAAAGAAGGGCCAGAAUGUGACCCUAUCUUGCCUCUCAGAGAACGGCUCUCUUCCUAUCACAUAUGUAUUCUUCAAAGGAAGAAAAAGCAUCUCUCCCCCAGUGAAGAUGCUGAAGAGGGAAGCAGCUGUGGUUUUUCUAUUUAUCAAUUCCUCUAGUGACUUUGGAACCUAUAAAUGCAGAGCUGAAAAUAGCUUUUGCAAUAAUACAAAAUACAGUGACAGUUUCAACUUUACAUUAGCAGAAGAGAGAAGCCAUUCUCAGCUCCUGAUAAUUUCUCUUGGGCUGACCCUGCUACUAUUUGUAAUAGGAUUUGCUCUGGCAAUUCCAUUCUUCAUAAUUCCUUCAUAUAAAGCAAAAAAAUUUAAGUGUACUAGGCCCUCAACUGGCCUUUCUUCAACAACGAAUGCUGAAGAGUCUGAAAACUACGUCAUAUAUGCAGAGAUUGAGCCUGUUAAACCAGAAGAAGAAUAUGUCAACUGUUCUGUUAUUAGAAGAGAAGAUGAAAAAGAGAAGACUGCAUGUGCUUCAGUCUAUUCAAAGGUCCUCAUCAGACAUUGA